AUGGAACAUUCAACAGCAUUCGUUCACUGUGCACAAAAAAUUCUCGUUGAAUUUAUUAAGAAAAACUUUCCGUUGGUAAAAAAGAUCGAUUAUGCGAGUGAUGAAGCAUCUGCCCAUUUUAAGAAUAACGCUAGUAUCUUGAACCUGCUGCAUCAAAAGCACGAUUUUGGUUUGGAUGCUUCUUGGACGUUCACAGCUACGGGUCAUGGGAAAGGUGCUGGAGACGGAAUUGGGGCAGUACUAAAGUCUACCGCCAGACGUGAUACACUUUCCAAGAACAUUCUCAUGUCAAACUCAAAGGAUUUUUACGAGUUUUCAAAAAAACAACAACUUGAAACAGCAAAAAGAUCCAACAAAGAUAAUCCUCCUGUUAAUAUCUUCUAUCUUGACUCGGAUGAAGUAGAAAAAAUUAAGAAAACUUACUUAUAA